AUGUCGGCAAUAAGGAGAAUCAGAUCAGUGUUUGGCGAUAAUUAUGUUCCUGGUUCACGCCGAGCCAAACGUACGCCUAGAGUUAACCGUCCUGAUCGGCCUAAAAUGAUUGCUUGGGCUGGUCCAGCUGCUUUUUAUCAGACAAGGUGCGUUUCUUACUUAUUUUGAGUAAAAUGAGAGCUAUUUUUAUUUGGUUUUGAAACUUUUUAACAUUAUCAUUGCAGAUGGUCAGAGCGAAACGCAUGGUACAAAGCCAGGAUUGAAUACCCGGAGUUGCUACCAAAAAUGUAUGUUAUUGAGCCCACAAAUUACUACAAGACUCUGGAGGAACGAUUAAACGGUAAUUUUAUAUUAUAUUGGCUUUAUUUUGGGUUUAGAAAACAAAAACAUUUCAAGUUUGGAUAUUGGGUUCAGUAAACUGAAGAUAGAGGCUUCUGAACACAAGAAUAAGAGUGAAGAACUUGAGAAAGCAGCCAGAAAGAAUGAACGUAAGUUAUGUCAAUUUUAUUAAUUGGUUUUUAUCUUAACUAUUAAAAAAAAGUUGAUUUUAAAGAUGGCUUUUUUCCUUUCUAUGUAUAAUAACCUAAAGUUUAGUGAGAACAGGAAAUUUUGGCGUUGAAGUAUAAAUAAGAUUAAUUUUUUAGUUGAGUGUUUUGAUCUAUUAUGUUUUAGUAUUGAUUGACUUGAAGCAGGUUGAAGACGACAAUAUUAGCAUUGGUCAGCACUUCAAUGUUUACUCAGACCUAUUUGUUCCUGGAGCUUAUUUCCACAAUGUCCAAUCAUUCAAAGUAUCUUAUGGCAGUUCUGACGCAAGGACAGGCAAUGUAAUAACGGUGCAAGACAUGCUAGAAGCUCCAGUUGUUAAAAUAGAAUCUCCAAAAGAUGGUAAAGGUUACAACUCUCUUGUUAUGGUCAAUUUGGAUGGAAAUAUGUUAGAAGGAGAGCUGACUGAAGGUGGAUAUCAACAAAUGGCUCACUGGGUAAUUGGUAAUGUGGCUGAUGGCAGUGCAGUGUCAGACGGAGAUGUUGUAGUACCUUACUUGCCGCCAACUCCUUAUCAUGGAAGUGGAUAUCAUCGGAUAGCAUUUGUGUUGUUCAGACAUCAAGAAAAACUGGACUUUAGUUCUUUUACGUUACAGUCGUAAGUAAUUUUGUUGUGGUGUUGUAUUAUUAUGUCUUAUUUGAUGUAUGGUUUUUAUAUAUUGAUUGCUAUUUAGGUCUAGGUUUGAAGAAAGGUUGUUUUCCACGAAUCGAUUUUUGAAAACGUUUGAAGAAAAGAUGACACCAUCGUCGCUUAGAUUCUGCCAGGCCGAAUGGGACCAAAAUGUCGACAACAUCCUUCAUGAACAAGGUAAUGUAAACAUUCAAUUUUAGUUUAGUCAAUAUGUAAUAAUAUGUAAGGGAUAUUGUAAUAUAGGUUAUUGGUAUUGAAAAAAAUGAAAGGUAGAAGAUAGAUCGCUAAGAUAUUCUCAUACAAAAAAAACUAUCUAUUAAGUAAUGUCUUAUCUUAAAAUGAUGUCAUUUUAGGUUUGAAAAGUCCACGAUUUUGGUACCAGUGGAACAAGCCGGUUGUGAGAAAGCAGAAGGAGUUCCCAUUGAAAGUCCGAACAUUCGACAAAUACCUAGAUCAAUAUCGACCGCCAGAAGAAGUAGUGAACUCGGUCUACAGAGAAUGGCUGGAGAAGCGAGUCCACGAGGGUGAGGUGAAGAAGCCCCAGUUCCCUGACAUCUUCUACGCCGAUAACAGGAAGAAGCUACAGGCCUGGCAGCACAGGCAACUGAUUGACAGGAAUUUGGGCAAGGGGCCGUAUGCUCGACUGUACCACGACUUCCAGAAUCCGGCCUUCCAGAAGGAUCAGGUUUCCUCAACUUAA